UUUCACUCGGCAUUCUCUACUCACCUGGGUUUUCUUAGAUCAGCUGACAUCACUUGCUGCUUUCAUAGAAUGAGCACUUCCUGCUCACUGUGAGCAAGCUUAAUGUUCUAGCUUCUGUAGCUGCAACAAUGGUUAAAAAGUCCCUAAAGGCACGGGCGAGCGUGACAUCAAGGGAGGAGACGGAUGAGUUUGUUAGCCUCAAACCUUCACAUCCAACUAUUCCAGCGGAUCCAGAAAUGGCUGCCAGAUUUCCACUCAGAAGCAAAAUGUCAAAAAAGAUCAUUAUAACUGUGCUGAUAGUCCUUACAGUUAUAGCAAUUCUUGGAGUCAUCAUUUAUUUUGUGAAGGUUGCCAUCGACACAUAUUAUUACUUCUGUUCAAAAACCUUUAAGUUCAUUCCUCGCGAUUUGCAGUGCAAUGGAAUCUUGGAUUGUUCUGAAGGUGAAGAUGAGCUUCAGUGUGUGAUAAACGUCACGUUCCGAGGGCAAUUCCCAGUGCGUGUAUAUGGACUCAACUCCAUUCUACAAGUGAAAGAUUCAAAAACCCACAAAUGGAAGAGCGUGUGUUACGACAGCUGGAGACCUAAACUUGCAGAAGUAGUGUGCAACCAGCUAGGUUACUCCAGCCAUCCUGUAGGUAGUCCCGUGGAAAUUAAUCUUUGGCCCUCGCACAAGAUAAUCAACAAAGUCACCAACCCUACUUCCGUUCAAGAUGCGUUAACCGAGGGGAUUUGCUACUCCGAUAAGAUUGUCUCUUUGGUCUGUGCACGGUGUGAACGAACUGCCAGUGACCGGAUUGUGGGCGGUAUAGAUGCCAGUAUCGAUGAAUGGCCCUGGCAGGUCAGCCUCCAGUACAAAAAACAGCAUCUGUGUGGCGGGAGCAUAAUCAAUUCCCAGUGGAUCCUGACUGCUGCACACUGUUUCCCAGAGGAGUAUCAUCAGAUUGCAAGCUGGAGGGUGUUUGCUGGGAGUGAGACACUCUACUCUGGAGGAAGAAGCUUUUCUAUUGUGAAAAUUGUCACAAAUACAAACUACGACCCACAGAGCAGUGACUAUGACAUUGCACUCAUUAAAGUGAGAUCACCUUUACCUUUCACAGAUUAUAUCCGCCCUGUUUGUUUACCCAACUACGACUCUCCAAUUCGAAAGAACAUCUUGGCAUGGGUCACUGGCUGGGGCUACACAAAAGAAUAUGGUAAAGUGUCAACCAUACUUCAACAGGCUAAUGUGUCGGUAAUUGAACGGAACGUUUGCAACAGGAGACAGUAUUACAACGGGCAGAUCACUGACCGUAUGCUGUGUGCGGGUUACCUGGCUGGCAAAGUGGAUGCAUGUCAGGGGGACAGUGGGGGCCCAUUAGUUUACUACUUUAGGCACUGGCAGCAAAUUGGGAUCGUGAGCUGGGGCAGUGGAUGUGCGCGUCCCAAACGUCCCGGAGUUUACAGUGACGUGACUGCACUGCUCGAUUGGAUCUACCAUGUCAUGAGUAUGCAGCAGUGAGGACGAGAGGUUUUGUGGAAGUCCACCUCAGGCCUGGGCGUAGUUUCCUGGAUUUGUGGGAGACCUUUACUCUGUGCACUUUAUUGAAGACUUGGGAGGGACCCAGUGAUUUGCCUUUGAAUUGUUUUGGUUGUCUUGCCCUUUGCUGUUCUGCUUUCAAUGCAAGAAUACAAAAAUCCCAGAUACCAGCUGCCUCAGCGACCCUCUUGUAAUGGAGCUUGGGCAAAUGCCCGAGAUUCAUGGUUACCUUUUUUAAUCGUUUACCUGUGUUAAAUUGAAGAUUGUUUACAAUCACAAUGGCAUCAAUAUUGAAAUGUGUCAAGGACAAGGGGGUGGGGUUUGCUAAUUUAUUUUUUAGGAAAUGACUGUCACGAUUGUUAGUCAUACCCAGGCACCUCCCAGUGGGUCAAACUUCCACACUUCUAAGUGGAAAAAGUGUCCUCACCCCGAAAAAAAAUCUCUUAAUUUUUUGACCGGAAGUGACCAAUUGGACAACUAGAUUUUUUUGAUUCUUUCUGAUUGGCUACUUUUGGAUAACAACCAGAUUUUUGCACAGCAGAUUUCAGGGUGACCAAUCAACAAUCGGAUUAUGGGAAGGAAUGUUUGAUUGGUGCAAAUAUGAAGGCUAGUGCCUUAUCUUCAAUUUGUUAUUUGUCUUAUUAACCUGCUCCGCUACAUUUAAUGAAAAUAAGACUUGUAUGUUUACAUUUUAAAAAAAUAUAUAUAUAAAGCAGUGAGGUGAGGGGUUAGCAGACCCCAACUUUCAAACCCAUUACCUAAAGAGAGAGAACUAUAUUUUAUGUGUUUGAUAUACACUGAAAAUGAGCAAUGUUAGUGUUCAGAAAGGACACACAAACCCAUUUCAGGUACCUUUGUUGAUGUCAGCAAUGAGCCAUCCCAGAUCUGGGACAUGACAGGGUAAACCUUCUCCUUCCAUCAGGCACCACUUUCCAGGUGUGGAUGUGUUGGAUGCACAAGGGAAGACUCUUCACUCUGCCCAGCCUGAAGAUUAAUUCUAUGGCACCGUCCAUUUCCUACACCAGCCUUUGAUUGCACCUAUUCUAAGUGAGAUUGAGGGGUCUGGGUGUAGUUUCGGACUGAGGCUGGCCAAAGUCAUCUCAUGUGGGGAGGAGGCUGGGCUGGAUUUCAGUACAAUUUCUAGAGGUGACUGCCAGUAUAGGAAACAGUCAACUGUAGUUAGACUGACAAAGCCAAUGAGCAUAAACCUGAUGAUUUCAUAGGCUCAGGGUGAAUCUAAUUUGUUUUAUGCCAAUUAUUAUUGCCAUGUGUAUUGUACAUGAUUUUAUAGAUUUUUGAAUGUUUUCCAUUCAGUAAAAUGCAAGGUGAGUUUUCGAAUUAGUAUUUCUUUUUGUUUUUUUGAGGCAGCUACUUGAACCAGGGUCAAUCCUUCCUUACAAUUGAUGUGGAACUGAGGUAAAGGACAUAUUCUUAUUAAAUGAUGUACUAAAAUGGGGAUGAGAAAUGUCUGUUGAACAUGGGGCCUAUUUGGCACAAUGAAGGGCACUGUCCAGUCUGAUACUGCCCCAUUUUUCAUUGUUAUUGACCAGAGUUCACUGAUGCCCCUUGGGAUGAUACAAGGUCAGUUCCUGUCAGGUUUGUGCUUGACUAUCUUUCAUUGUGCUGAUACCCUCUCCUUAUCACCAGGACAAGGGUUUAAGGCUUCCGCGAUUCACUGCUUUUUCUCUCUUGGUCCCCACAUCAGGUGACUGAAGUUUUGACCUUGAAUGUUGGAACCAAAUUGUGUCAACAUUUUUUUUGUCCUUUUUAUGUCUUUGUACCUGAAUUUUCAGAUUGGUUUUUAAAUAAAUAAUUGACCGUUUUUUCA